AUGACUGCCCAAACAGUAAAAGAAUGGACUGCAGAGCAACUUGCCUCUGAUGCUGUUUCCAAGAAAACCAUUGUCGAGUUUUUACAUCAGCAUGCCACUUACAAGUUUUUGAAAGAAGUCAAGUUGUUUGGAAAAGUAGCAAGCAUCACCAAGGGUGCUAAAAAGCUAGAUUUGAUUGCAGCAUACGACGCUCUCUACGAAACUCAAUCAUGGCGUCCAGAAGGAGUUACGUUGGAAGAUGAGGCAUCCAUAGCCACUGCAGCCAUAUCUACACCUGCCAAAGCUGCUCCUACCACUACCGAAUCCGUCUCGACCGUGCCACUGUUUACAAAAUCCAUUAUUAAAAAAGGUACUGGUCAGACUUUUCCUCGCAAGGGAAGUACAGUGUCGUGUUGGUAUACGGGAACUUUGGAAGAUGGCACUGUAUUUGAUACAAAUAUUGGCAAAAAGAAGCCCUAUCCGCUGCGCUUCAAAGUGGGUGCAUCCAAGGUGAUUCGUGGCUGGGAUGAGGGAAUUCAAACCAUGUGUGUGGGUGAAAAAGCCAGACUUGUUAUUGAAAGCGAAUGGGCGUAUGGUAAAAAGGGACUCCCUGAAGCCAAGUAA